AUGACUUCGCCUACCGAAUCAGAGCUCCCCUCCAUAUUCCGAUGCCCCAUCUCCUUCGAAAUAAUGGAAAACCCUGUCACCAUUGCCACCGGCAUCACCUACGAUCUCCAAAGCAUCGAGAAAUGGCUGUUCACCUACAAAAAAACAACCUGCCCUGCCACCAUGCAACCCCUCCACAACUUCGACCUCAUUCCCAACCAUACUCUCAAAAACCUCAUCCUCUCAUGGCGGACCCAAUCCCUUCUGUCAAAACCCAAACCAUCUCUUUCUUCUUCCUUCUCUUCAAAACACCUCGAGUUGACCUCCAUUCUCGCCACCAUGGACUCCUCCCCCUUCAAAGUCAACUCCCUCAAGAAGCUCCGCUCAUUCGCCGCAGAUAACCCGCUCGUCUUCCUCUCCUCCAACGGCGUCGAAGCCCUCUGCCGCAUACUUAAACAAUCCAACACCGAUUUCUCGGACGAGUUCGCCCCCUUCCGCGCAUGCGAGGAGGCUCUCGGCGUUCUCAAAAACCUUCCUUUUGACAACCACGACGCUUCCAUCGGGCUUCUGUCGAAGCCCGAUAGCGUCAAUCCGAUGUUAACUAUCCUCCAGCGCGGCAGCGCUGAAGCCCGUCUCGACGCCAUCACCAUCCUAAAAAGAAUAUCGAAAGCCAAUCCGUCUAUAACCAGCCAAUUCCAUCAAGACAUCGACGUCUUCAAAUCCCUGCUCGAUCUUCUAUCCGAUGAGGUCUCCGCAAAACUCAGCACAUCAUCGCUCGACCUUCUUCUUCAAGCCGUGGCGACUUCCAAAGCUAAUCGUUUGAAAGCUAUCGAAGCGGGAGCGGUCUGCGUGUUGAUUGAGCUUUUGCCAGAUGAAGCUGGGAGGCAAAGGAGGGACAAGACGUUGCUGUUGCUGAAGAGGUUGUGUGAGUGCGCUGAGGGGAGAUUGGCGUUUGCGGACCAUAGGAUGGGAAUUGCAGCGGUAGCGAGCAAGAUAGGGAGGGACCAUGAUUUGGGGACGAAGCUGGGGGUUAAGGUGUUGUGGUUGGUUUGUAGUUUUUUGCCGAGGAAGGAGGUGGUGGAGGGAAUGAUGGCGUGUGGGGCGGUGAAGAAGUUGUUCGGGUUGAUCCAUGUGGAUGGGCAAUCUUCGACGAAGGAGAAGGCGCUGAGUAUGGUGAGGAUGCAUAAUGAUGCCUGGAGGCAGAAUCCUUGCUUCCCCAUUGAGCUUAGGGCAGUGAG